AUGUCUCAGCGCUCUCAAACAGCUCCCCCCGACUCAACCGCUGACGUCACUGCCUCCGAAAUGCCGGACAAGCCAGGGGUCCGGUCACCUUUGACCCACACCCCGCCCGUGUCCACUAGUCCCCCAGCAAGCGGUCUAUGCAUCGAAGAUAAUAUGCAGGUUAACAAGAAGACUCUUCACGAAAGCCUGACUGCGGGCUUGAGCGGCAUGCCUCCAAACAACGACUACACUUAUGAAUAUGGGUGGAACACGUGUGAAUCCCCGUCCGACGGCCCUACCCGCCAAAACUCCCGGGACAGCGCCCUGCCCGCAUUGGCCAACACACGGCCAUCGACGUUCGGCCCUGUGCCCUCACCCCCGGUCCACAGCCCUACCCACCAAGAUUCGAAGGACUCGGACGACGCCGGUGUAGGGCUAGCAUCUCGGGACAGUGCCCUGUCCGCAAUACGGUCAUCGACGUUCGGCCCCGUGCACUCUGGUGAAGGCGAAGUUCCCGCCCAAGCUCUCGCAAAUGUGGUGCCCGAAUCACCUUCCGACAUCCAGCAGAGAGGAGAAUUGGCAACGUGA